AUGAGCCUAAGGGACGCCACUCCAGCUGUGAAGUGCAGAGCAUUCCAUUUAACCCUCAGCGGAGCGGCUGAGAUCUGGUAUAGUAGGCUACCAUCUGGGAGCAUCCGAAGCUGGCCCGAGUUCAAAACUACCUUCUUGAAGAGGUUUGCAGUGAUCAAGGAAGGAGAGGCCCCCAUUCAGCGUCUUCAAGACAUGAGACAGGCGCAUGGCGAGUCCUUGAAAAGCUUCCUAUCCCGCUUCACCGACGAGAUGACCUACUGUGUACAAGUCACCGACAGGGAAGCCCUAUCUGCAUUAAGAGGAGGAUUGAACAUGAACACCCUAUUCUAG